AGAAGAAGAAGAGCCUCAGUUAGCUUCUCUCGGCUAGCAGCUAUUAGCUCCACUUCAGGCGGGUUAUCGUCUCUAAAACUACAUUAUUCUCCUCUAAACUUGUUACUUGUGACUUCGUUUCUUCACGAACACACUGCGGACAUAUCUCUCCAGAUCCCCGGCUUUAUUUCCAGUUCCUCGUCCCAUCAUGUCUCAGAACUACCCGUACAGACCUCCGCCCGCCGACUCCGAUCUCAGACCCAUUCCUGGACCGUACGGAUCUUCAGAUCGACGCCAUGCCUCCUCUUCCCCCACCCUGUCGUCUUCAGACUUUUACAGGCCGCCUCCAGAGUCCAUCCUGCCUCCUCCCUCGUCCUCCAGAGGUUCCUCCUGGUCUCAGGACGGGGCUCUGAGCAUCCUGAACAGCUGUGGACUGGAACCAGCAGACCUCGCUCUUCUUGCUGAACUUCCAGAAGACGUCCUGACCGUCGAAUCCCUUCCUCAAGUCCUCAAGCAGAUCAAGGGAAAGAGGGGCACCGUGAGACCUUUGAAUACUCCUUCCUCCUCUUCUUCUUCCUCUUCUUCUUAUCCCCCCCAGAUCCUCCACACCAGCAACUGGGAUCCUCCCCGCAACCAGUACCCACAGAGCCACUUAACACCCGGUAAUCUUUUACCGGAGCUGGAUCGCUGGGGGCAUCCCAUCACCUUCAACUCACCAUCGUCAUCCUCGUCCUCCAGCUACCAGGUGGACUUCAAACCAGGAGCUUCUGGGAAGACGGGCAGAAACAUGGGUCCAUUUCCCCCUAAAGACUACAACCAUGGACCCUCUGAGUUCGGCAAGAAGGCCGGUGGUCCAGUUGUCUCUCAAGACUACAACUACGGACCAGGACCUUCUGAUUUUGGUAAGAUGGGCAAAAAUGCUGGUCCAGUUUCCUCUCUAGACUACGAUUCCAGACCUUCUGAUUUUGGUAAGACAGGCAGAAACGCCAGUCCAUUUUCCCCUAAAGACUACAACCAUGGACCCUCUGAGUUCGGCAAGAAAGUAGCUGGUCCAUCUGUCUCUCAAGACUACAACUACAGACCAGGACCUUCUGAUUUUGGUAAGAUGGGUAGAGAUGCAGGUCCAGUUUCUUCUGUAGACUACGAUUCCAGACCUUCUGAUUUUGGCAACACGGGCAGAGAUGCCAGUCUAUUUUCCCCUAAAGACUACAACUACAGAACCUCUGAUUAUGUUCAGUCGAGCAGAGACGCCGCUCCACUUUCCUCUCUGGACUACAAACACGAAUCGGGACCUUCUGAUUACGGUAAGACGGGCCGAUACGCCAGUCCAGUUUCUUCUUUAGACUACAACCACGGAUCGGCACUGCUUGAUUUUGGUAAGAAAGGCAGCGUCGCCGGUCCAGUUUCCCCUAAAGACUACAACCAUGGACCCUCUGAGUUCGGCAAGAAAGCCGGUGGUCCACUUGUCUCUCAAGACUACAUCUACAUACCAGGACCUUCUGAUUUUGGUAAGAAAGGCAGCGUCUCUGGUCCAGUUUCCUCGCAGGUCCGACCCUCUUUCGGCUCUGCAGGACGGGACAAGAAACCCCGUCCUUCCCGUUUCUCUCAGCCGGUUCAGCAUUACGGUUCAGUUCCUCCUCCUCCUCCUGAAGAGCCGCUUCUGAAACCUGGUUCUGGUCGCGAUGGAGGAUCUGAGGUUUCUUCCAGGAUACCGUCCAAGGAGAAAGCUCUGGAUUUCCACGGGAAGUCUCCUCCAUUGUUCCCCUACUCUUGCUCUCUGUGUGACAUCACUGUGAUGUCAGAGAAGGUGUGGAUCAAACAUAUCAACGGGCCUCACCAUGCGGACGGACAGCUCAGCCUCCUGCAGCAGUUUCCUAACUGGGACUGUCGCAUGGAUUCAAUCAGCAGUGCCGACAGCCAAUCAGAGAAGAAGAACGACGAGGCGAAACCCGCCCGGCAACAGACAGCCAAUCAGAAGUCCUCCAACUCCCAGCCGAAGAACGCCCUCCAGAAGAAGGUGUCGGAGAAAUGUAAAGUGGUGUGUGUGAAGUUUCCGGCUCAGUCUGUGGACGAGGCGUACCUGAAGAAACUCACCGAACCGUUCGGGAAGAUCGUGAAGAUCCUCAUGUUCCCGUCUCUGGCGUUUGUGGAGCUGGGCUCGGCGGACCAGGCGAGGGAUUUGGUGAAAUAUCACGAAAACUUUCCUCUGACUGUGAACGGAGCGGCGAUCGAGUUCAAACUGUCCAACACCUUCAGCUUCCUGCAGAGCUCUCGGGUGGUGAGUUUCUUCCCGGCGCCAUCAGGGGACGACAGCCAAUCAGAUCUUCUGGCCAUCGUGAAGCGCUUCGGGGAGCCAAUCCUCACCCUGUUCCUGCCCUCCAAGGCGUACGUAGAGAUGAAGGACACUCCUGAGGCUCAGAAGCUGGUGGACUUCUACUCCUCCAGAGCUCUGAAGAUCAACAACAACUCCAUCACCGUGUCCUUCUCCGGAGAGUUCAAGACCCUCUCGGGCGUCGCUGCAGCAAAGAGCUACGAAGAAACGAUUUCCACCAAGAGGACGAGGAGUACGAGUCGAGAGGAAGAAGGCAAGAGGAAGAGGAGGAGCAGCAAAGAGAGGUCCAGGUCCACAGAUAAAAACACUAAAGAGGACAGAACCAAGUCCAGGUCCAGAGAAAAAUCUAGAGAUAAAGACAAGAAGAAGUCCAGGUCCAGAGAGAAAUCCAGCAGGAGCAAGACGACCAGAACUAGAUCUAGAUCCAGAGAAAAGUCCACAAGAGAGAGAAGGUCUAAGUCUAGGUCCAAAGAUACAUCCAGCAGAGACAAGACGACCAGAACAAGGUCUAGAUCCAGAGAGAGGGCGAUCAAAGAGGAAAACACCAGGUCCAAAUCCAGAGAGAGGUCGAUCAAAGAGGAAAACACCAGGUCCAGAUCCAGGUCCAGAGACAAGACGACCAGAACAAGGUCUAGAUCCAGAGAGAGGGCGAUCAAAGAGGAAAACACCAGGUCCAGAUCCAGAGAGAGGUCGAUCAAACAAGAAAACACCAGGUCCAGAUCCAGGUCCAAAUCCAGGUCCAGAGACAAGACGACCAGAACAAGGUCUAGAUCCAGAGAGAGGGCGAUCAAAGAGGAAAACACCAGGUCCAGGUCCAGAUCCAGAGAAGAGUCCACCAGAGAGAGAAGGUCCGGCUCUAAGUCCAGUCCCAGAGAGAAAUCCAGCAGCGGAUCCUCCGAGAAGAACCAGACCGAGACAAAGUCUGAGGAACCGGAAGAACCGGAGAAAACUGAGAAAACUGAGAAACUGGAGAAAACGGAGACGACCGACUCUGAUCCCGUCACAGACAUGAAACCUGCAGCUGAGGAAGAGGAGGAGGAGGAGGAAGAGGAAGAGGAGUCGUCUGCAGAGGAGAGCGACCUCGAGGGGAUGGAGGUGAUCGGAGAGGAUGGAGAGAGUCUGGAGGAGGAAGACGAGGAGGAGGAGGAGGAGGAAGAGCACCGUCCUGCUGAGAGAACAGACUCACCUGGAGAAGGUCAAAAGGAGGAGGUGAAGGAUGGAGAGGAGGUGCCUAUAAAAGAGGAAGAGGAGGAGGUGCCUAUAAGGCAGCAGGAGGAAGAGGAGGAGGUGCCUAUAAGGCAGCAGGAGGAAGAGGAGGAGUUUGAGUUCCCUCUGGAUCUAGAGGACUGCAUCACUCUGGAUGAGCUGAGAGAAGAGUCUGAAGAGGAGAGGAAGGAGUCCUCCAAAGAGACUCCAGAGGAAGACUCUGCGUCCAAAACCACUGAAGACAAAGAGUCCACAUCUGAACAAGAGGAAGACAAAACCUCAUCGUCUUCUAGAAAGACUCCAGAGGAAGACUUGGUGUCCAAACAGAUUUCAGAGAAAGACUCUGCGUCCAAAACGACCGAAGAGACGGACUUGAGGACCGUAAAGUCUCCAGAAGAAGACUCAACGUCUCGAAAGACAGAAGACAAAGACCUGACGACUGGAUUGACCGAAGACAUAAACCCUGGGUCUACAAAGAACGAAGACCUAGACUCAAUGCCUAGAAAGACAGAAGACCUAGACUCAAUGCCUAGAAAGACAGAAGACCUAGACUCAAUGCCUAGAAAGACAGAAGACAAAGACUCAACGUCUAGAAAGACCGGAGACAAAGACUCAACGUCUAGAAAGACCGGAGACAAAGACUCAACGUCUAGAAAGACCGGAGACUCAACGUCUAGAAAGACUCCAGAGGAGGACUUGGUGUCCAAACAGAUUUCAGACAAAGACUCUGCGUCCAAAACGACCGAAGAGACGGACUUGAGGACUGCAAAGUCUCCAGAAGAAGACUCAAUGUCUCGAAAGACCGGAGACAAAGACCUGACGACUGGAUUGACCGAAGACAUAAAUCCUGGGUCUACAAAGAACGAAGACCUAGACUCAAUGCCUAGAAAGACAGAAGACCUAGACUCAAUGCCUAGAAAGACAGAAGACAAAGACUUGACAUCCAAAACGAUUGAAGACAAAGACUCAGCUUCUGGACCGACUGAAGACAAAGACCUGAAGACUAGAAAGACAGAAGACAAGGACUCAGCUUCUAGACAAACUGAAGACAAAGACUAUACCCCUAGAACGUCUUCAGAGAAGGACUCCAUGUCCAAAAAGGCUGAAGACAAAGACUUGACGUCUAGAAAGACUAAAGACCUCAACUCUGGGUCUACAAAGACCGAGGACAAAGACUCAGCUUCUAGAAAGACUUCAAAGAAAACUGAAGACACAGACUUGAUCUCCAGAUCCACUAAAGACAAAAACUCUACGUCUAGAAAGUCCUCAGAGAAGGACUCAAUGUCCACAAAGGCUGAAGACAAAGACUUAACAUCUACAAAGACCAAAGACAAAGACUCAGCUUCUAGAAAGACUUUAGAGAAAACUGAAGACACAGACUCGAUCUCCAGAUCCACUAAAGACAACAAAAACUCUACGUCUAGAAAGAGUCCAAAGUCUAAGAAGAGUCUAGAACAGGAUCUGUCCUCCAGGUCCAGGACAGAGAGGAUCUCCAGGAGGACGGCAGACAAAGAGUCCUCCUCUAAAACCAGUCCAAGAAACAAGACCCUGAAGAGAAGGGGGACGGGAGAGAGGGAUUGGUGGACUGGGAUUAAAGUCAAGAAGGAGGACGAGGACCUGGAGGAGGAAGACAGAAAAGAGAAGAAGGAGGACGAGGAGCUGGAGAAGGUCAGGGAGGACGGAUCAACUGAAAAGAGUCCAGAGGGCGAAGACAGAAAGUCCUCCAGAGUUCAGGAUCUGGAGGAGGAAGACAAGAAGUCCUCCAGAGUUCAGGAGCUGGAGGAAGACAGGAAGUCCUCCAGAGUUCAGGAGCUGGAGGAAGACAGGAAGUCCUCCAGAGUUCAGGACUCUUCUGAACCAGGACCAGAGGAUUCAGAGAGUCUGGAUCCACCUGGAGGACCAGAACCUGAACAGGAAGCUUCUGAGGAGCUGCAGAGUGAACCAGCAGGGGGCGCUGAGGAGCAGAAACCCUCAGGACCUGUUGGAGUGGAGUUCGUCCGGCCGGUCGUGGGUUAUUUCUGUAACUUGUGUCAGCUGAUCUACGCUGAUGAAGACGAGGCUAAAGUGAAGCACUGCAGCAGCCUGGAGCACUACAGGAAGUACCAGGAGCAGACGGGCAGGGACCCGUGGAGCCCAGUCUGAUUCAUCGGCUGAUUUUUAUUUUGAUAUUUUUCUUGAAUUUAAAAGGUUCAGUGUUCAAAACCUCGCUGUGGAACCAUGUCUGUUGGGAUCAGCCGAGAGAAAAGUGUUCUGUUUUUAUUCAUGUGCAUUUCUUUGUAGUAAAACAUGAGAAAAGA